UUACAUAACCUAUUUUAAUAAAAUUCAAAUUUUCCACAAAAAUGCAAGAAGACUGGAGCGUUGAAUGUUCGGACGACGAAAUUCGCGAUAAACCAAAUUGGGAACCAUCACCGGAGGAGAUAGAUCGCCUUUACACCAUGAUGGAUAAAGGUGAGGUCCCCGAAAUCUCAUGGAAGUGUCCCGGCUAUCGGUCGCCUUCGCCGGAAGUAACAGACAAGCUGGAAGAAAAUGAGAACUCCGCCCCACUCGAGGAUAAAUCGGAUUUCGACUUCAUGGACGAGGCAUCUUCGCCUACAUUAAAAAUGAGGAAAGAUGGCGAGGACGCACUCAAAGGCAGCGCCAAGAGGAAGGUCACCUCUUUAGAUGGCGUCAUUAGCAACAUGAGGAGGCACAAUCUACUACCGACACAACCAAAAGGAAGCUAGCGUUUAUUUAAAUGAAUGCAUUUAUAAUACUUGUAUCUAUCUUUGUGGUGCCGGUUUCGGCUUCGGCAUUUUGGCGAGUAAACCUUGAAUCUCCUUCUUCUCGUCGUAUUGCUUCCACAAUUCGUAUAGAUUAAUUAUAUACCUACAUAUUUCUUGAA